AUGGUGUUUCCUGAACUAAGUUGGGACCUCACAGGCAAGUAUGCUGUAUUUUCAGUAUUGAGUAUUAUUCACGGCGAAAAGGAUAAGGAGAAGAAGGCUGUGAUAUUUGUGGACCGUAGAGCUAUGUCCUGUAAUCUUUGUGAUGGGACAUCCAUCAAGAUCUGUGAUUUAGAACCAAGACCUCGGAGUUCGGAUCACGCUAGAGUACCAUUGCAUUAUGAAGGGUAUCAUGCCCAUCCAUACUUCCAGUCCCUCAUUUCGGAUUCUGAGAUAAGGUUUUUGGUGUACUCUGCCACAACUAACCAUGCAUCCAACAGUUCGAUUAUACAAGGCAAAGACGCAGGUAGCGAUCAGGAUAAAAACACUUCUCAUUGGGGCACAAAUAACACAUGGACCCCUUCUCAUUUGGGCACAAAUGACAUAUUCCAUAAGGAGGAACAUGUUUCGAUGGUCUGA